AUGUCGGUAUUGUUCACAGGGUCACCAGAUAGUAUCGACUCGAGUAAGUCACCCACAUAUCAACAAUUAUCGUCGGGCCCUGAAGGAGGACCAAUUGUAAUAGGAAGGCCAUCCCAAUUGCAAGAACUAGAAGAAGUACCACAAGGGCGGCAUCUAGGAUUAUUUUCGACUAUAGUUCUUUUCGUCUCACGAAUAGUUGGAUCAGGAAUAUUUGCUACGUCCUCGGGUAUAUACCAAGACGUAGGAGGAUCGCCAUUUUUAUUUUUCCUUUCAUGGUUACUUGCAGCUGCAUUGUCAUUUAGUGGAUUAUACGUGUAUUUGGAAUUGGGUUCUUUAGUGCCUAGAAGUGGAGGCACUAAAGUUUUUUUGGAAUUUAUAUAUGGAAAGCCAUAUAUGUUAGCAUGUGUUGUUUUUCUGAUCUAUUCCGUCAUGUUUGGGUUUAAUAUGCUGAAUGCAUUGGUCUUUGGGGAGUACUUUUUGCACUCUAUUGGUGUCAAGGCAGACGAAUUCCACACUAGACUCGCAGGUUUACUUUGUGUGUACAUAGCUGCUGCAAUACAUGGUAUAAGCUACAACCAUGGAGUAAAGGUUCAAAAUAUAAUUGGUGCCCUAAAGUUGUUAUUAUUAUUGAUCAUGGUUCUAACUGGUAUUUACCUGGUAUUGAUACCAUCGAGUAUAAGUCAUUUAAAUUCCAACAUGCAUUGGGAUGAUUUUUUUAAGACAAAGACAUCUAUGAGUUCUUCAACAUUCGCUGGUGCAAUUAUUAAGGCUAGUUUUUCGUUCUACGGUUGGAAUUCAGCCCAUACUGUUUCUAAUGAAGUCAAAGACCCGAUAAAUACAUUCAGAAUAGCUGGCCCUGUAUCGUUGAUAAUAGUAACUGUUGCCUAUAUGUUUACAAAUUUAGCGUAUAUAGUGGUAAUUCUGCAUGAUGAAAUUAUCAAUAGUGGUCAAUUGAUUGGCUCUUUACUAUUUGAAAAGGUUUUCGGACAUAAAGUUGGAAAACAGCUUCUAACAUUCUCAGUUGCUUUAUGUGCUGGUGGAAACAUAUUUGUUGUUCUCUAUACUAUCUCAAGAGUAAGUCAAGAGGUAUUUCGUGAGGGGUUCCUUCCUUGUUCAAGGUUUAUGGCUUCAAAUUGGCCGUUUGGAGCUCCUCUCCCAACGUUAGUUCUCAGUUGCACUUUAACAACAUUGGUGAUUUUAGCACCCAAAGGUGACCUUUAUAACUAUAUUAUUGCGUUAGAAGGAUAUCCAAACCAAAUUUUUCUCGGUUUGACUGCAAUUGGUAUAUUUAUAAUCCGAAAGAGAAGUCCAGAAUUACGAGCUCCUAUUAGAGCCAGUCUAAUAGGAACUGUAUUCCUAUUAUUAAUUACACUAUAUUUAACAGUAUCCCCAUUUACUUCAACCAGAAGCCCUAAUCCUAAGGGAUUGGAAAACUGGCCAUCUUAUGCUGUGGUUGCUGUUAUGUGUUUAGGGAUUUGCAUUUUAUACUGGGUAGUUAUGUUCAAAUUGCUACCUUAUCUUUGGGGAUACAAGCUCACUUCUAAAGAGAUUGAAUUGAGCGAUGGAUUAGUAGUGAAGAAGUGGAUCAAGGUUUAUGGCGAUAUUUCUGUCGAUUUAGAUUUUAUAGACUAA